UGUCAGUGUCUCCGGGAGGGGGAUCCGGAACCCCCUUCUGACACCGGGCUGUGUCCUGUCUGGAAGCGGUGUGCGCGGAGCUGAGACAGACGGCGGUCUGGGAGAGAAGGGGACGCUGUUACCCGGAAUAAGGAGCCCGAGGCUGGGAAGGAGAGAGAGAGAGAGAGGCAGUCCGAUUCCCGAAUGGCCACCUGCUUUGGGGAAGAGCUGCUGCUGGCGGAGUGGAGGGUGGUUUGCAGUAAGAUAGGAUAAAUCCGAGAAUCAUUUCGCUGCUCGGGAUUAGAUGGGGACAGUUCAUUGUAAAGGUUCAUGCAACAUUCGGAGUGAGAAGAUGUCUCUGCACUGUCCUUUGAACAGCACUGCUGUGAGAAAUGGCUUUCUGCUCCAGCCCCACAGUCCAUUCCUAUAAACUCUCCCAGCGGCUGCUGUUCGGUUUCACCCUGUCUCUGUCCCUCACCUAUGUCUGCUACACUUUGCUGAGUUGUUACACCUCCCUGCGGUUCCCGGUGUCCCAGGGCAGUGAGCACAAGGCGGUCAGUGUUGGACAGCCUCCCGGGGCCAGGCUGUGGCUGGGGGAGAGGAGCCCCACCUCCCAGGCGCUGGGCAGUGAGAGCCCCGCCGAGGUGGCUACCGUGCACAGCUGGCUACUGGACAGGGAAGGCCAGGAGUCCAGCACCACGGACGAGGAGCUGAGCCGCAGCAACAGCACGCCGGACUUCGGGCUGCAGCGGCUGCCUCAGGCGAUCAUCAUCGGGGUGAAGAAGGGAGGGACCCGGGCGCUGCUGGAGGCCAUCCGGGUGCACCCGGACGUCAGGGCGGUCGGUGUGGAGCCACACUUCUUCGACAGGCACUACGACCGGGGUCUGGAAUGGUACAGAAGCUUGAUGCCCAAGACGCUGGAUGGUCAGAUCACCAUGGAGAAAACACCCAGUUACUUUGUUACCAGGGAGGCACCAAAGCGAAUCUUCUCGAUGGCAAAAGGCACUAAACUCAUCGUCGUGGUCAGGAACCCAGUGACGAGAGCCAUUUCAGACUAUACCCAGACACUGUCCAAGAAACCGGAGAUUCCGACCUUUGAGGUUCUAGCGUUCAAGAACCGGACCCUGGGCCUGAUUGAUGCCUCUUGGAGUGCGAUCCGCAUUGGAAUCUACGCCUUGCACCUGGAGAACUGGCUCCAGUUCUUUCCCCUCUCCCAGAUCCAUUUUGUCAGUGGGGAGAGGCUCAUCAUCGACCCAGCUGGAGAAAUGGGCAAAGUGCAGGACUUCCUGGGCCUCAAGAGGAUCGUCACCGACAAGCACUUUUACUUCAACAAAACCAAGGGCUUUCCUUGCCUGAAGAAACCAGAGGACAGCAGCACGCCGAGGUGUCUCGGCAAAUCUAAGGGAAGAACUCAUCCAAAAAUAGAUCCAGAUGUAAUCCACAGACUGCGGAAGUUUUACCGGCCUUUCAAUGUCAUGUUCCAUCAGAUCACUGGAGAAGACUUUGAUUGGGAAAAGGAUGAAAAUCAAGAAAUCAGUUGAGG